AUGGAGGUUCGGCUGGCGUCGGCGGUCUUGGGCGGCGCUGUGGGCAGCAGCGUCUCGUGCUACGCCGUCUUCCGCUGGUCCCUGCCCGCCCCCGGCAGUGGCGUGGCGAAGCAUGGCUUUGUGAGCGGCGCGGGAGAGCCUGUCACCGUCACGACCGAGGCGGUGCCGGCGGGGAGCCGCUGCCCUGCGUGGGGGCACAGCGGACGCGUGGCGCUCGGGACGGACCCGCGUCGGUCUCGCUCCGCGGUCCGUCACUUUUCAACGGGCGAAGGCCGCUCCGGGAGGGUCGAGGUGUGGGGCGCGGCCGCCGGAAUGAACAAGUUCCUCGGAGGCAAGGACGAGCUGCUCGGCGCGGGGGAGGUGAAGGUGUCGGCGCUGGUGGGCGCCGCGACCGCCUCGGAGCAGGUGGCCCUCGCCGACGCAAAGGGCCGCGGCGCCGGCACCGUGGACGUGACUCUGCGCGAGGAGGACGACAUGGGGUACGCGAGUUCGAUCGUGAGCUACAACGUGCUGGCAGCCGAGCUCGAGGAGCUGAGCAACAUGCGGUCGGCUCUGGAGGCGCUCGCUCCCUCGCUCCCUCGGCGUUCGGCAAAGGGCGCGAUCAUACCGACCACAUUUGAGGGGAGGCAUCAGGCUCUCGAGUUCCGCCAAGAGAUGCUGCAGAUCCAGGCUCGCGUUGACACCGGCCAGCUCUCGCUCGAGGCGUACCUCGACCAGCUGCGCGCCGCGGUGGCCAAGGAGAAGGCGCGCUUCGCCCAGCUCAAGGCAAGCGGCCCGCCCUCCCUCCUCGCCAAGGAGGGAGCCGGCGCGCUCGUCACCAAGGCCGCCAUCCGCGCCAACAAGCGCGCGCAGACGAUGCAGCAGGAGAUCGACGAGGCGAUGGCUGCGGGCUGA